UUUAUUAGCACUUUUUCAAUAAAUCUGGGGACAAACUCAGUAGCAUUAAGGAAUAUUAGCUGGCACGCACACAUAGCCAUUAGCGUUGUCUCAAUAAUAAGCUAACAGCAUCUCAGACUCCAGAUUUUGCCUUUCCUAUGUACUUCUACUAGUUCCCAGGUCUCUGGCAGAUCUGCAGUUACCUGUGAGCAGGCAGUGAGAUGCAGGAUCCGGGAGGGAGGCACCAGAGCCAGCUGGGCACAAACCAAAUGCCUGCACCGAGGCAGAGGGAAGCGGCAGUGACUGAAAGACCAACGCAGGCACCAUCUGCCAGCCCAGCGGGACGCCUCAGCUUCGUAUGGUGCCCGGGACUCAGACUGAGGGUGACACAGAGAGACUGCAAAGGCUUCUCCUGCCCUCAGGCUCACCUAGUCGGGCUCGGGUGGAGAGGGCACCCACCCUCCUCCAGCGCCCAGCGCGCUGGGCCAGGCCGCGCCUCGGCAGCCCCAGCCCCCGCCCCCCUCCGACUGCGGGCGGCGGCUGCGGGCCUCGCUGCUCCCUCUACUGGGCGCCGCCGGCACCCGGUUGGGCGCUCCGGGCCGCGGGGCGUGAGGCGGCUGCGGGGAGAACGCGCGCGGCGGGCGGCGAUGAAAUUCCCGGGCUCCGUCCUCAUCAGCCUCGUCCUCUUUGUGGCCGAGACGGCGACCGCGCUGUGCCUGAGCGCCGCGUACCGGGCGGCGGGGGACCGCAUGUGGCAGUGGCUGACGCUGCUCUUCGCCCUGCUGCCCUGCGCGCUGGUGCAACUCAGCCUGGUCUUCAUCCACCGCGACGUGAGCCGCGACCGGCCGCUGGUGCUGCUGCUGCACCUGCUGCAGCUGGGGCCGCUCGUCAGGUGCGUGGAAGUCUUUUACAUUUACUUCCGUGCUGGCAGAGUUGAAGAGCCCUAUGUCAGCAUCACAAAGAAGAGGCAGAUGCCCAAGGACGGGUAUUCAGAAGAAGUUGAGAAGGAAGUAGGCCAGGCUGAAGGCAAGCUGUGUACGCACAGGUCUGCGUUCAGCAGGGCCUCUGUGAUCCAGGCAUUCCUUGGCUCAGCGCCGCAGCUCACACUCCAGCUCUACAUCUGCGUCCUGCAGCAGGAGAUCACGGCUGCCAGAAGUAUUUUUAUGGUCCUUUCUCUUCUCUCAAUUGUAUAUGGCGCCUUACGCUGCAACAUCUUGGCUAUUAAGAUUAAGUACGAUGAUUAUGAUGUCAGUGUGAAACCAGCUGCCUACCUCUGCAUAUUCAUGUGGAGAAGCUUUGAGAUUGCUACACGGGUUACAGUGUUGGUCCUUUUCAGCUCAGUCCUUCAGAUCUGGACUCUCCCUGUUGUGCUUGUGAAUUUCUUCGUUUUUUUCUUUUACCCAUGGAUUCUCUUCUGGCAAAGCAAGUCCCCAUUUCCUGAGAACAUAGAGAAGGCACUGAGCAGGGUUGGCACUACCAUUGUCUUGUGCCUUCUUACCUUCUUGUAUGCAGGCAUUAAUAUGUUUUGCUGGUCGGCAGUGCAGGUGAAGCUCAGUGAUCCUGACUUAAUUAACAAAUCCCAAAAUUGGUACCGAUUGACUGUGUAUUAUAUGCUGAGAUUCAUCGAGAAUGCAUUCCUCCUGCUGAUGUGGUACAUCUAUAGAACUGAUAUCUACUUGUAUGUCUGCGCCCCAUUGUUGGUCUUGCAGCUCCUGAUAGCUUACUGUAUGGCUAUCCUCUUCAUGUUGGUGUUCUACCAGUUCUGCCACCCAUGCAAAAAACUGUUCUCAUCCAGCAUUACCGAAGGUUUGCUGUCCUGUUUCAUGUUCUGCUUUGUUUGCAAGUCUCCCAAAUCCUCCACCCUGACAGACAAGGCGGAUUUGAAAUCAUCUGAAAAUGCUGAUGAAUCACAGGGCAGUAACAAGACAAUAGAUUCUCCAAAUGGGAAUCCCCAUCAGAGCAUUUCUUCCAAUGCCUAGUUCAACUGGAAGCAAGUGAGUGCCUUUGGAAGGUGGCAGAUAACCUGCUGGGAAUGUUGGGCCUCUUGGAUAUUGUGUCUCGUGGAUGGGAUUUCUUUCUUGCAGAUGUAUACUGCAUGAUGAGUGAAAAGCCUACCUUUGUGGAAAACUGUGUAUGGGUAUGUUUACCUGUCUGUGUACGAACAUAGAGAGCGGUCAUUGUUUGUAGACUUCUGUUUCAGAUUUUUAUUUUUGCACAUAGGUUUAUUAUCCUGUGCCUAUUUUGAAAUCAUUAUAGAAGACAUCCUUUAAAAACUAGCCCGAUUCUCAUCUUACUCAGGAAAUCUGAGGAUGGAAGGAAACGUGUUUUACUUCAGAAAGGAUGUCAUUAUGACAUGCCACCCCGGCACAGACACAGAGCAUAGUCUUUGAUUAUAAAUUGACUAUAGCUGUGGUCUGCUUUGAUCAAAUUGCAGACUACUUUACACUCUAAUCAAUGUGAUAAAAUAAUGCUUUUCUCUGUGGCGUAAGAAUUUGACUUGUAUGCACAGUAGCCUAGGUUGCCAAGAAACAGCUAAUUAGCUAGCACUAAUGCUGAAAUGUGACUGUUACUGAGAGUGGACAGAGAGGUUAUUGGCUUAUGCACUAUUUUAUUCUUCAUAUUUGCUGCUUGUUACUAAGGGAAUUAAAUUUAACACAGUAAGUGUAAUGUUCUGGAACAGCUCGGUGUUCUGACAUCACUUAAAUACUACUUUAGAAUCUGUGAUAUACUUUGGUAUUAGGGUGGGGUUCAGUUCACAUAACUUGAAAUAUAUUGAAGUUGAUAGUGUGAACUAGUCAGCUAGGUGCGCUCCAGGAAAUAUCUCCAGUGGGUGAUGCAGCUUUUCUUAAAAUGUUGGUUUAGGUGACAUGAAUCAUUCUCUGGAAACCUAUUACUCUGUGUUAACCAUAUCUCUUGACAGCUUAUUUGACUAUUUGUCUCCAUUUUAGAUGGCUAAAGUUAGAAAAGACAAGUGCUCCUCUGAUUAUCAGGGAUUGGUAGCUCAUGAAGUAGACGCCUUUGAGAUGAAGUUGUUUCUGACACUUUAGUAUGGCUAGGCUGAUAUCAGUAGUGCAAACUCUCUGGCAUCUUUUACCUCUUAAGUACCACUGGCUUGAAGUCUGAAAGAGAAAAUGGAGGUUGUUGGCUUUUUCUUCUAUGCACUGUAUCACCACAAAUGAAAGUGUUUCUGUAUUUUGCAAAUCACUGAUAAAACGUUAGCAGGUGAAUAACCAAGAAGUACAAUCUAGUGGAAAAAACAAAAAACAAACAAAAAAAUUUUUUAAAAGAAUAAGCAAAAGCUUUUUGCACUUUCAUUACUUAGCACUUUGUGUUUCUUCUGUACAUGACACAUUGUGACUGCUGUUGAAAAAAAAAUAAUUCAUGACUCAAAGUACCUUCUCGUGCCUCAGCUUAGCUUCCAUCCUGCUGCCAUGGAGGACAUGAAGUUCUUCAGUAGGGAUCAGAUCAACACCAUUUUAUUAGAAAUGUCUCGAGUUGGGGUCCAAAGUCAUUUGUAAUGGGAUUUCACAUGAAGUGCUGCAAAGAGCUAAGCUGUUUUUAUUUUUUUGUUUGUUUGUUUACUGCACUGUGAAUGAAUGUCUUCCUACUUCCAUUUUAUAAUGGAGUUAUGUUUUUUCAUUUUGCUUGAUGUUUGUAUGUAUAUAUGUUAUACAAUUAAAUUAUUGGUG